AUGAAUCCGCGCGGUUGUUUCGAAGGCAGGGCUUACUCAGAGAUGGUAUCGAGUUAUUCAGGAGUGCAAAGCACCCCCAGCAGCGCUUUCUUGGCCACAGUGAUUGCGCCGGAUACCCCAAUAGAGCAGUUCCGACAGGCCGAACAGGGGUUUGCCACCAAGGUUGCCUGGCGCGGACUUGUUUGUUUGAGCAAGAUGAGAAGGGCGAGGAUAGUAAUCAUUUCACUACUUUCUGCCGGCGGCACCCGGUCAAGCCUGUUUGAACACGGACAAAAAUGCCUAAAUUGUACGAAUGCCCUGACUACGCCAUUUGUCAGCGGCAGUAUGCAGGGGUGGCCACGAUAUAGUAGCAUUCGACAACAUGGCAAUGAAAACAUCAACACCCAAUGA